CGUUUAGAUGUGUCUUUCGCCCUCCCUUCUGUGCUUGCACCAGACUCUGCGCAGUGCAUUACGUGACUGUAUUUCUGACCCUGUAUCAGAACCUGUGUUAAAUAGGCGAGAGAAAGAGAUGCAAGCUCCGUGACACCGGUGCAAUGCAGCUUUGAAGCCUCGCAUCUCUGAAAAUUGUAACUAAUGUGCUGACUGUUUGAAGCUGUGCAGUGUGUGACCAGCCAUGGAAAAUGACCAAAGUACAACAUCAACCACUACGACAACAGUCAGCACGUCGCCCAGGACACAGGCACCACAAAUCUCAGUCUACAGCAGCUCUGACAGACAAGCUGUUCAAGUAAUCCAGCAAGCUCUGCACCGACAGCCCAGUACUGCAGCCCAGUAUCUGCAGCAGAUGUAUGCGGCACAGCAGCAGCAUUUAAUGCUGCAAACUGCAGCACUCCAGCAACAGCACCUGAGCAGCACACAACUGCAAAGUCUGGCAGCUGUCCAGCAGGCAGGAGGGCGUCAGUCUUCUUCACCUACAGGGAGCAUCAGCCAACAAUCAAGUGUGUCACAAACCUCAAUUAACCUCUCGGCAUCUCCUUCGGCUACUCAGCUGAUCAGCCGUGCUCAGACCGCCAGCACUUCAGGCAGUGGAAUCACCCAGCAAGCCAUGCUUCUCGGCAACACCACCCCCACCCUCACAGCAAGCCAGGCGCAGAUGUACCUCAGGGCCCAAAUGCUGAUUUUCACUCCCACUGCUACUGUAGCUACUGUGCAGCCAGAUAUUCCUGUUGCCUCCUCUUCCUCUUCCUCAGUGUCUACAUCCACACAGGUUCAGAAUCUGGCCGUUCGGAGCCAGCAUUCGGGUGCCUUACCUGCUGCAUCCCCUCAGAGCGUCCCAUUAAAAGGUACCUGUCAAGCACAGCAGCUCCCAUUGAGCCACACAAAGCAAGCAGGGCAAGGAGCUGGCCUUAAAGCCAACCAACACGACUCUGCCCCUGAAAGCACCAAGAAAGGAGAGAGCCUGACCUCAGUCAGCCCCGAGACCCGGGUGUCCACUGUCACCAGGUUACAGAUGCCAGCAAACACGCAGCAGUUAAUAGCCCCUGAACAAGCAGGGCCACCUAACGUGACUUCAGCAAGUGCUUCCGUUAUCAGGUCCUCUGCAGACACCUUGAGAUUCUCCAGUCCCUCAUCUCUCAUUGUCCCGCCUGCAAAACUGAAAACCAAUGGCACAGUCUCUUCCAGCAAUCUUCCUGGAGUGGACAACAAGCCACCACAGGCUAUUGUGAAACCACAGAUCCUCACUCACGUCAUUGAAGGCUUUGUUAUUCAGGAGGGACUGGAGCCAUUCCCUUUUCAGAAUUCAGUUUGUGGGCUCCAGCAAAGCUGGAGCACUGCUGCAAGCCCAAGACAGAGAUUGGCAAGCAACAGGAAGCUCAGGGUCAUUUUUGGCGACAGAAUGCAGGUGUACUGCAAAGCGGUUGCCCAGUCCGUGUUUUGUCUCCAGUGUACAGCAGAUCACAUUGUGAGCCGCUCCUCGCUGCUGACGGAGCAGCCAGUGAAACAGAAGAUGCACUGCGAAGGUCCAGCCACAUCGCCCACUUCUGUCCAGUCAGUAGGUGAGCUCCAGAGCAACUCAGGCAAACAGCUGGAAGGGUCUCUUGACAGCGAUUUGGAUGACCUUACUGGUGAAGAAGGGAUGGAGGGCAGUGAUCCAGACAUGCUAAAGUGUGAGUUCUGUGGGAAGAUGGAUUAUGCUCACAAAUUCAGAAGAUCAAAGCGUUUCUGUUCGAUGUCAUGUGCUAAAAGGUACAAUGUUGGCUGCAGUAAACGAAUGGGGCUUUUUAAAUCAGACAAGAGCACACGUUGGACGAAGAAAACAGAACCCCAUGGGUUCAACCGACGAGGAAGGAGACCCAAUAUCAUUGAAGGAGCAUCAGCCGAUCACUUUAUGAGACAGAUGCCUGUUAGCUUCACUCCUGUAGAAGAGGCCACAACAACCUCCACCCCACCACUUCCUGAAGAAACUGUUGCCGUUGCCAUGACAACACGCCGCCGGCAGAAUGAGCGGGAACGUGAACGGGAAAUGCGAGAACAGAGGAUGAGGGAGGUGCCGGACUGCAGUGAGACACUACAUGUGGACCCAACAUUGUGGACAGUUGACCAUGUAUGGGAGUUCAUUCACUCUCUACCAGGUUGCAGGGAUAUUGCUGAUGAAUUUCGGUCCCAGGAGAUUGACGGCCAGGCUCUGCUCUUGCUGAAGGAGGACCACCUAAUGAGUGCCAUGAACAUCAAGCUCGGGCCAGCACUCAAAAUCUGUGCUAGGAUCAACAUGCUUAAGGAAUCGUAACCUCUCCAUCUCCAGCAGAUCAGCUGAUUUAAAAGAGCAUGUAUUCAAAUCUGAGCAAGUGCUCAGGUACAGCAGUUUAUAUAUUGGCUAGGACCUUGUGGUGGACCAGAGAGCAAGGAGUCAGCAUAAUGUAACCUGAAGAACUUUGUCUUCAGAUCAACACUCCAGACUGAACUCACUCUUAAUGGGAACUUGCCUUUGACAGACCUUUGCUAAAAGCUGAAACAUGCUGAUUCAAUUCAUGCCAUUUUAUCGCCAAGGUUUGAACUAGUCAUAGCAUUGUUGUAACAAAUGUAACAUGACUUGCAGCCACUGCUUCCCAUCACAGGACUUCUGUCCCCUCUGAUCUUGAUGUAUUCUUAUUAAUUUCAUUGGUUUACAAACUUCUAUCAACUUCUUCUUAGCAUUAUGAGUGUACCCCUCAAUACGGCAGUUCCAAAAUUGGAUGGCUCAUUUUCGCCUUCUCAAGGAUAGAUGAGGGAUGAGCAGAGACCUCCACAUCCUGAGAAUGAAAGAAAACAGUCAUAAUACAAAAAAGGAGUAAACUAAAGUAGAUUCCACAGCCCCAGGCCUGAUAGUUUUACUGCCUGCAGUUUAAAAUUAGAAUCACAUUAAAGCAAAAUACUGCAGGUGCUGGAAAUUUGAAGUAAGAGCAGAAAAUGCUGAAGAAACUCAGUAGGUCUGGCCACAUCUGUGGAGAGGAAAACAGAGUUAACAUUUCUAGGGAACAGCUCAGAUGUCAGACAUUGAACUGAAAUGUUAACUCUGUUCCUCUUUCCACAGAUGUUGCUAGACCUGCUGAGUUUCUCCAGUAUUUUCUGUUUUUAUUUAAAAAGGAGUCAGUCAUCUGGUAGUGGAAAAGCUUGCUGCAACUCAUCCACCUCCUCUAUAUUUUGUAAUUCUCCCAUUCCAGACAUCUUCUGCAGAACCCGGUUUCCUUUGUCUGUGGAGCAAGGGACAAGGAAGUUACGGUUGAGACCAGUGAUUUGUGACUACCAGCAGACCAUUUUUAAAAGCUCCUGGACCAACAGUUCACACCUGACUUUGGGCCAACAGAAAUCUUCCACAGAGAGUGAAGAGUUCAGACUUGGACGAGGACGUUACAGCUGGAACAGCAUAACAAUUCUGCACCCAUCACAAUGUCAGAAAGAGAUAACACACUGUGGAGCUUGAGGAGCACAGCAGGCCAGGCAGCUUCAGAGGAGUAGGAAAGUUGACGUUUCGGGUCGGGACCCUUCUUCAGAAAUGCUCCUCCAGCUCUACACUGUUAUCUCUGACUCCAGCAUCGGCAUUUCUUACUAUCUCACAAUGUCAGAAAGUGCCCUUUACGUGAGCUUCCACAGAAUAUGUCAGAUUAAGGGCAAGUUUAAUCCUUGUUCUCUUUGACUCAGUUCUUAGGAUGACAUAUAAAAGAAUCAGUCAAAAAACACAGUAUAUCCCAGCGAAUUUUUAAUUUGUUUUAUUUUUAUUUUAUUCCACCUGAUGCUGCAAUUGACAAUUUUGCAAGUAUAUUGAUAUCUAAUAUUUUAACAGGAAGGCUAAACUAUGCCUUUGCAUAGCCAAUCAGUGCACUAGAGAUUAUUUUAGAGGGGGUGUCAGUUUAUUUUCCCAGGAGCUAGUUUAUUAAUCUGAAGGAUUACCUGCAAAGAAUCUGACAAAUUACUGAUAAUUGGAGAAUAUAUCAUAUCAUUGGUGAUAGAACUUUUGAACUUUGAGCAAUGAAAUAUUGCAAGGCAGUAAGCCUUUUGUUCUAUUUAGGCUGGUAUUUAUAAUAGAUGCAAUGUGUGGCCGGUGCCAGAUAUGGAUCAAGUCCCUUCAAUGUAAUCUUUAUCAAAAAUUGCAGAUAUAACAUACAGUUGAGUAUAAAGCAUGAUUUUCCUGCUCCUUUAUUUCUUUAAGUUGCUUUCUUUCACCUCUUAAAAGUGUUCGUUUCCAUGAGUUCCAGUUGAGUGGUUGAUUUGGGUCCUCUGCUCCUUGGCUGUUCCUCCAUCAUGGUAGUCUCUCUGACCCUUGCAGUUUGGCACAGCCGUGUAUGUUUCCAUUUCCCAACAAGGAUCCCUGAAUAGCGAUCAGGAGUAGGAAUUGAGUUUGAAUUUAACUCUUCCCUCUCUAAUCCAAGGCUCAUGAAACAAUUAUAGUAACCUAACUCCUUGACACUAAAUGGUCGCCAUCUUUCCAGGAUACCUUUACUGGUUAUAAAGAAAUUGUGAGUUAAAAGUGGUUGUGCUGUGACAUUCAAGAAUCAUCCAAGUGGGCAAUGAAGAAUCAGUUCACUUUACAAUUGGUGCAGGAAGGCAGGGCAAGUUAGGUUGGACAUACCUGUUGAAACUUAUACAAACUUAAUUUCACCAUUUGGAACUGAGUAUGAUCUACAAAUAUUUUGAUUUGGUGUCAUUUGGCAGUUGUUGCUAUCUCACUAAAUAAAUUUCCUAUAUGUGUUCAGCACCCUUAGUCACAUUACGCUGUUAUUAUGGUUUCAUUUUAUUGUAACUAUUGAAACAGAAACUCCAGUCAUACGGUCAAAAUGCAUAUUCCUGAAAUAGCCUCAGACUGACUAUCAUCCUAAAAUGUGGAACAAGGGCCACCAGAAUUUUGAAACAACUCUGGACAAGCACUUGUCUCACUGACGUGAGACAGCAAGUUCAACAGCUAACUUCUCUCAGUCUCCCCUUCCUGUUUAAACAUGUGCUUUUAUAACUCAAGUUGAAGAGUUCUCUGUGGGUUAGAUCUUCAAGUUGCCUCCCCAGUGUGAAACUGUCAUAUCUCACUGUUCUUUCAUCUGUGAGUUGUGGAAUCAUGUGUCAUCUGCAACUUAGUCGGUCUUGCCUCUGAGUCUUAACAUUCCAGGUUCAAGUCCCAUGCCAGGGCUGGAGUACAAAAUCAAGUUCAACAGUCCAGUGCAAUACUGAGAGAGUACUGCUCUGUCAGAGGUGCUAGCUUUGGAUGAUAUGAUAAACAGGCCCUAUCAGUCUGCUUGGGUGCAUAAAUAACAUUUCAUGACACUACUUCAAAGAAAAGCAGAGAGGAGUUACCACCCCCCCCCCCCCCCCCCGGGGUCGUGACUGAUUUUAUACUUUGAUUGACUUCACAAUAGAGCAUUAUCUCUGCUCAUUAUCAUGUUCCUGUUUGUGCAGGCUUGUUGCAUGGAAGUUGGCUGCCAUGUUUCUGACAUUAACAGCAGUGACUGUGAAGUACAUUUGUGAAGGAUGUUACAUAAAUGCAAAUCUUUCUUUCCUUCUUAAUCAUAAAGUGCAGAUUAAUGCCAUUACACCAUUUGAAGGCACUAAUCUGUAAUUUCCUAUAGCCUUGUGAAGCUCUCACAGUCAGGUAUUUAUUUAAUUCUCUUUUUAGAAAAGUGAUUGAAUCUUCUCUCACCAUCAUUUCAGCCAGCGCAUUCAAGAUCAUGACAGCUCACCACAUGAAAUAAAUUUCUCAUCUCCUACAUGGUUCUUUUGCCCAUUAUCUUAAACCUGUAUAAUCUGAUUACUGACUCUUCUUGCCAAUAGAACCAGUAUUUUUUCUGCAUUUACUUUAUUUGUCAUUAGUGUAAUGCAAUGUAAUGAAUAUCACUGAGCUAGGUCUGACUGAGGCUUUACUCCUUUUGCAUGUGAGCAGUUAUUUUCUGGAACAUUCCUCUACCUGUUUGUACUGUACCAUCUGUAAUGAUAUUAUACCUGUUUCUUCAUGCCAUCAACCCAUAGCGAUCAUAUGUAUUUGCAAAAUACAUGUUUUCUCCCUACUCCUCAUGCUUACAUUCAGUUAUUGUGUGUGUUUUUAUGGAUCACUAAAGUGGGCACUAUGUUCGUUAGAUCAUUGACAUAUAGAUUAAAAUCACUGAAACUUCACUUUUAAGAUUUAAGAUAUAAUUUAAUUACUGGAAAAUGCCAUGAUUGUCCAAGGAUCCAAAUGAAUUUGUAUCAUAUUUUAUUCUUGACUUAUUAUUUAGAGACAGAACCUAAAAAGAAGGCUGAUUGCAUUAGAACUGCAAUAUUAAAAUGAUACGUCUGAUCAUAAGGUCUUCCAUUAGAAUCUUCAAACACAGCGAAGCCCAUUCCAAGCGUGAAAUUAGGAAAGAUUUCUAAAUGCAAAGGGUGGUGGAAGUCUGGACCUGUUUUCCACAAAUUAUAAUGGAUAUGCAAGUAAUUGUUAUUUUGAAAACUUGGAUUGAUAGAGGGUCUGUGGAAUCUAGAUUUGGAUCAGCUAUGACCUCCCUGAAAGGCAGACCAGGCUCAAGGGGUGAAAUGUUCUCUUUCUGUGCCUGUGUUAAUAUCAUUGUAAAUGAGCAAUAUUAUGUUUGGUUUGUGGUCAUUCCUUGUUGAUGUGGUGAUUUCUCCCUCAUUAUCCCUCUCCAAAAGCUUUGGAAGGGUAAUCCUGCUACUACCCAGCUACACUGCACCUGACCUUAAGAUGGGUCCAAAGUUUGCUCCUAUCAGCAUUAAGUUUGAGGCUUUGAUAUUCCAAGCAGAACUGUUGAAGUGGGUGAAAUCAGCUUGUGAGAUAUAUGGAUCUGAAACACUGAUCCCCGAUCUUAUUUUCGUAGAAAGUAGUCAAAAAAGCACAAUUUUUAUAAAGUGAUCACAAGGAUUUCUGUUGUACUUGGCAAUUGCUGUCUUUUUAAACCAUAAAUAAAAUAAAAACUUGCAUUCAUAUCAUUCCUUUCAUAACCUUGGGAAUCCCAAAAUGUUCUUGAGGAAAUUAAAUAUUUUUGAAGUGCAGCCACUGUUGUAAUGUAGGAAAUACACUAGCUAUUUUAUGCAAAAUGGCAAGAUGAUAACAGACCAGAUAAUGUUUUAGAGUGAUGUUGGUUGAGGGAUAAUACAUUGCAAUGUUAAAGCAUGAUGACUAUUUAAAAUUAAUGGUUAUAAACACAUGAAGGUUAAAGAUAAUUAGCAAGAACUGCAACAGGCUCCUAUAUCUUGAACUCAAAAAUCAUCUUAGAAACUCCAGUUGUAUGAUGCUUUCUGUCUGUUCCCUCUGCAACAGGACACUGGAAUAAUAGGUCAAGACACCAGAGAAAUUUCCUCUGCCCUUCCUUAAAAAAGUGCCAUGGAAUGUUUUACUUCUACCUGAGAGGGAAAAUGGGGUCUCAAUUUUAACAUCCCACCUGAAAGAUGGUGUCUUCAACAGUGCUACUCUCCUUCCAUGCUGCACCUGCAUAUCAGCCUGCAUUUUGUGCUCAAGUCUCUGGUCUUAGAUUUGAAACCACAAGCUGCUUUUACUCGCCUUCUCUCCUCCCAGUGCCUCUCAGCGCUGAAUGUUCUUUAACAUCUGUUCGGUGUUAUUUGGAUAAAUCCAUAAAUAUCCCAAAGGUAGGGUUACAAGGUAGGUUGACACUUCUCGUGCAGUACUGAAUUGUCCAAAGUACUGUUAAGAGAUUUUUAAGUCAAGACUCCAUCUGCCCUCUCCACUGGACAUAAGAGAAUUCAGGGCAUUAUUUUCUCCCCUUUCUCUGGCAAAUAGCUGCCUCUCAGCCAGAGUGUCUGAUUUUGCUAGCGCUAGUUGACAACCUUGUUUCAUACAACAAAGUUUUGAGGCUUCAAAAGUAUUUAAUUGGUUGUAAAAUGAGCCCAUCUGUCAUGCAAAAGUAGAUGCAGGGAGAUACAAUGCAGAUCAGUUAUGAUCUGGUUGAAUUGACCCAUAUUUUCCAGUGUUUAAGAUGCAAACAUCCCAUGCCAAAGAACAGAAAUAAAGAAUUAUCACAGGUAUUCGCCAAGAAAUCUGUCUUAUACCUUCGUGGCUUUCAGACUAAGGAGAAAAAUGAAAGGACCAGAUCAAGUACUCAAGGAUAAUCUUAUUUAGUACUGUACUCACUGUUAAGGAAUGAGGCUGAAAGAAUCAGGAAACAUGGAUUUAUACCAGAGAUUUUCAAUCUGUUUUAUGCAGUUGCAGUGGUUUAUCUAUUUCAUUCAAUUAUGCUGGAAUACUAAUUAUUUAAAAUGUGUGCAUAAGCCUAGGGAUGGGUUGUUACGAAGGUCUGUUACUAUGCAUUAAAGAGGAUGCAAAAAUCUUGCAGCAGAAUUUUAUAAACUAAAAAUACUUGCUGGGAAUUUCAGCCCUAUUUUCACGGGGUUACGUCAAUUGGUAGGACUCUGUUUCAUGGUUUCUGGCAAAGUCAGCUUUGAAUGUUUUAGGAAGUUAUUUUGUGUUCUAAGAGUUGAGUAAAGGCUAGCACUGUUCAUCCACCAUUAUGCUGAGUGGGUGCCCAACAGCUGACUGAGUACAAUGGAGUUACACACUGCUGUCUAUUCUGAGUAUUGUAGUGGCCCCCACUCAUUACUGGGCUGAAAGACAAUCUUUGACAGCAGACAUGACUACAACCUGUUUGUGGGUAAUGUUGGGAUUACCAGUUGGCAACACUAUUUCAAUGGAUUGUCUUUUAGCCCUGGUGCACAAUGACAUAGCCCCUUUAAGUGUUCUGCAGAACCAAUGUAAAAACUGUGAACUUUUGUCAAAUAAGGCUUUGAAAAGCAGCCUAUAGAAACUGUAUUGUAUUGUGUAGCUUACAGACUAUUAAUGUUUAUAGUAUCGUGCUGAUAAGCAUUCAAAUUGCUGAUUUCAUUGAAGACGUUUACACAAAUCAAAGCUUUGGCAAAGCCAACUUUGAUAGUUUUGAGGAAGCAUUUUGUUUUUCAUAGGUUGCCAUCAGUGCUAGAGAAGGAGCAGCUCUGACUCUUUCCAAAAGUGACUGUUUAUAGUGUUCUCUGAGACAGGAGCAUACUCACUGUCAAAUCAUAUUGCUGCACUCAUUGAGGACAUCGCCCCAGUGGCUUGUGUGCCAACCCAACUGAGUCUUACAUCAUAAUUUUGUGGAAAGAAAAAUGUCAGCCUUUCAAGAUGGAUGAUUGCAUUGUACUGUUUUAUACAUGGUGUAUUUUUAUCGUUAAAUGUGCAAUUGUUGUUUAAGGACUGUGGUAGAGUCACUUUAGAGUCACUGUGCUGGUCCACAUCUGUAACAAAGUGUUUAGUGUAAACCCAACCAGCCUAAGGGUUUCAUUGUGACCAUACAUCCCAAAUUCCCUCACCCCACCCCUCCCCCCACCCCCGUAUGUGUCAAUGUUUUCAGUUAAUAAAAAAGUUCAAAAAUGUAA